AAACGUCGCAGGCCUCCCUUUUCGCUGCAUCGCUUUCUGUUUGCGGCUCAGAGAUUCUCUAAGACAAAAUUUCCUUCGAAAUUGAGCCUCCAGGCCGGUUCGGACAUUGCAGUAGAUUGUUAGGAAAGUUGCCCUGGCAUUUGUAUGUAUAGCCGGCCCUUCGUUCGAGGAUUAGGAAGUACUACAAUCGUGCGGCAGAUGAGUCUGAGCAUGAGCUCUUUAAGCAAUCGAGUCCAGGGGCUGGCGUGGAGCCGUCCCCUGCAGCUUAGCGGAAGGAAAGUGUCCCGUUCUGACCUUCCGAGCAGAAUCAAGCCAGGAUCGAGGACGGUGGCUUCCAUCCCACAGGAUACGCAGUAUAAGUCACCACCACAGGAGGCUCGAUCCAGUAAGACUGCGAAAGGGUCGAGCUCUCAAAAGACGAAUUCAGUCGCUUUCGAGACUGUAGCUAGAAAGGCGCCUGCCACUUCUGAACGAAAUGUCUCCACCAAGGACCUUCCCCUUGAGCACCCACAACUACCUAGAGCUUUGGUGGCUGCCGAUGCAGAGCACCCAGAAGGUACACCAGGCCGGAACCCCAGAGAUUACACUGUACUACAACAGCACUGUGCAUUUUUCGACCGGAACAAUGAUGGAGUGAUAUAUCCCAACGAAACUUACGCAGGCUUCAAAGCUCUUGGAUACUCGACUAGUAUAUCGACGCUCGCCGCCAUUGUUAUCAACGGAGCAUUCAGCUACCCUACAUACGACGGUUGGGUCCCUGACCUUCGAUUUCCCAUAUAUCUUGAAAAAAUUCAUCGCACCAAGCAUGGAAGUGACACAGAGAUUUACGAUACCGAGGGCAGAUUUGUACCCUUCAAGUUCGAGGAGAUUUUCAACAAAUAUGCUCGCACAAAGCCAGGGUUCAUGACCUACGAGGAAAUUAUCUACAUGACGGAUUCGCUGAGAAAUGUGAACGAUCCGUUUGGCUGGAGUGCUGCAAAACUUGAAUGGGGCUUUACUUACUGGCUCGUGAAAGAUGAGGAAGGUUUUGCAAGUAAGGAAGCGAUUCGAGGUAUUUAUGAUGGCAGUUUCUUCGAGUACAUCGAAAACCGGAUCAAGAGCGGAGACAAGAGCAAAAUCAAGAAGACCGAGUUUAGUAAGAUAGAUUCGAAGAACAUGAACUAAGAUUUUAACGUCGACAGCUGUAGAUAUAGAUUUCGAAAAGUAUCUGACAGACAAUUUAUUUGUCUGGUGAUUGUAAACCUCACUAUGUACAAGUUUGGGUCCGGUGCAUUUAUCGCUGGCAAACCGCGCGAGAUGUAAAACUGAGAAAUCUCUCUAAUAGUAGUAGCAAUGUAUUUUACAAUCAGUCGAAUCUAUGUGAAGAACAAUCAUAUAUUAUCUGUAAAGAAUUUAAGUUAAAGUAAAUAUAUUGCG